UCAAGAGAGGCGCACAGACUGAAAAACAGACGAUCAGAUUCACCUUCAGACCAAACUUCAGCUAAAGGAGGGAAAAGUGGAAAACUACAACACUGCUGCUUCAACCUGCUGAUGUUCCACACACUGAAUCUUCACUCAGAGACAAAAUGGCUUCCAGAUUAGAGGAGGAUCUCUGCUGUCCGGUCUGUCAUGAAGUCUUUAGAGAUCCUGUUCUUCUGUCAUGUAGCCACAGCUUCUGUAAAGACUGUCUGAAGAGCUGGUGGACAGAGAAACAAACACAUGAGUGUCCAGUUUGUAAAAGAGUUUCAAAGUUUGAACCGCCUCGUAACCUGGUGUUAAAGAACCUGUGUGAGGCCUUCAUACAGGAGAGAGAUCAGAGAUCUUCAGAUGCUCUCUGCAGUCUGCACUCUGAGAAACUCAAACUCUUCUGUCUGGACCAUCAGCAGCCAGUGUGUCUCGUCUGCAGAGAUUCAAAGAAACACACCAACCACAGAUUCAGAACCAUCGAUGAAGCUGCACAGGAUCACAGAGAGGAGCUCCAGAAAUCUCUGGAGCCUUUAAAGGAGACGCUAUCGCUUUUUAAAGAAGUUAAAGUGAAGUUGGAUCAAACAGCAAAACACAUGAAGGUCCAGGCCCGACGCACAGAGAGGUUGAUUAAGGAGCAGUUUAAGAAGCUUCACCAGUUUCUAGAAGAGCAAGAGGAGGCCAGGCUGGCUGUACUGAGGGAGGAAGAGGAGCAGAAGAGUCAGAUGAUGAAGGAGAAGAUGGAGGCCCUGAGCAGAGAGAUAGUAGCUCUUUCAGACACAGUCAGAGCCACAGAGGAGGAGCUGAGAGCUGAAGACGUAUCAUUCCUCAACAACUACAAGGCUGCAGUGGAAAGAGUCCAGCAGCGCCCCCUGCUGGAGGAUCCACAGCUGCCCUCAGGAGCUCUGAUAGACGAGGCCAAACACCUGGGCAACCUGACCUUCAACAUCUGGAACAAGAUGAAGAACAUAGUCUCCUACAGUCCUGUGAUUCUGGACCCAAACACUGCUGAUCCAAGAGUCAUUCUGUCUGAAGAUCUGACCAGUAUGAGAGGAGGAGAGACACAGCAGCUUCCUGACAAUCCAGAGAGGAUUUAUUCUUACUACUCAGUUCUGGGCUCUGAGGGCUUUAACUCAGGGACUCACAGCUGGGAUGUUGAGAUUGGAGACAGUACAGACUGGUUACUGGGUGUGUGUGCUGAGUCUGUCCAGAGGAAGGGAGACAUAGAGUCUGAAAUAUGGGGAAUAAUGUUCUUUCAAGGUAAACACUUAACAUGGUCACCACCAGCUCCAGAAACUGAUCUCGUAGUUCAGAAGAAGGUCCGGAGGAUCAGAGUGAAUCUGGACUGGAACAGAGGAAAGCUGUCGUUCUGUGAUCCUGAUACUGACACACACAUACACACCUUCACACACACUUUCACUGAGAGGUUGUUUCCAUACAUUAACACUGAUGAUAAAGUCCCACUGAAGAUAUUACCAGUGAAGAUCAGUGUGUCAGUGAAACAAAGCAGUAAGAGAUAAAGAGGAUGAUUAUAUUAAUGAUGUUUAUUUCUUAAAGUGAAAAGUUAAGUUGGACCUGAUGUCUCGUCUUUGCAAUCAUUAGGUUUUUUUUCUUUUCACAUGUAAAAAGAUUCCACUUAGCUUAUGAUCUUUACGUUUGGGUCAUUUUUUUUUUAACUGUGUCAUUUUAAAUUGUUAUUCAUUUUUUCAUUAUUUUGACGUGUGUGUGUGUGUGUGGAACAAUUAAGACCAGCAACCAUUAUAGGAAAGCUGAUGGAUCCAAAUAAAGAAAAAAGAAUCAAUUCAUUAAUAAUUGCAUGUUUGAAUUGUGAAUCAACCAAACUAUAUUUGAAAUCUUAGUCCAGAUUAUGAAGUUUCCAAACAUUAAAAUCAAUGUUUAAUUUCAAAUUCUUUACACUAUGUAAAAUAUGUGUUUUAAAUGAUUAAAUGUACAAGUUUUCAUUUGAUGUGAUGAAGCUGAGACGGCUGAGUCAGAGGAUGAAUUAGAUUAUACUCUAUUUAAGGUGGACGUUAAAAUAUGAAUUACUGAUGAUGUGUGCUGUGUGUUAAUGUAACCUGAUUUUUUUACUUCCCUUUGUCUGUUAAACAAUAAAAUGUUGCUUUUGUAA